AAAUAACGUAUGCCAGUCGUAUCAGCGAUCCACGGCAACUUAUCGGCGAGUGAGUCAUUUCGGACCGAGCCACGACAAAUAGAGAAGGCUUGCCGGGUGCGGGGAAACAGACCGACCUAAUGCAGUGAAUCUGAACGUCCAACAUGAUUUAAAACCUGCGCUAUCUCGUGCCAAGCCCCCGGUUGUUUCUUUCUAGAUACCUAUACUACAGAAAGGCGUCAAUAGAAUACACGGUUAUUUCCCUUCUCAAAUCUCACCAUGACUCCCUCAAUUGAAGAGCUGCUGAAAAACUACGAUGACGACGCUCCCAUUGAGAGAAUUGCAUUUCGCAAAUACAAACACCCCAUCGCUAUUGUCGAGCCAGAUCCAGCAUGGCCCGAACUUUUUGCCCGCGCAAAAGCGCGUAUCGAGUCUGCUCUCGGUGACACCGCAAUCUCAAUCAACCAUGUCGGCUCAACAAGCGUUCCAGGCCUUCCAGCCAAAGCCAUCAUCGACAUUGACUUGACCGUCAAAGACCACAAUGAUGAAGCAUCCUACGUCCAAGCUCUUGAAGACGUUGGUUUCCAUUUUCUCCUAAGAGAGCCAGGAUGGCAUGGACAUCGCUUCUUUUGCGACUAUGAACCCGUGCCGACAAACCUGCAUGUUUGGGGUCCUGGAUGCCCGGAGGUAGCGAGACAUAAAAUCUUCACAGAUUGGCUGAGGAAGAAUGAUGAUGAUAGGAAGUUGUAUGAAGAUAUUAAGAGGGAGUCUGCGAAAGCGAGUGUUGAGAAUGGAGAGGAUGUUAUGGGGUAUAAUAGUAGGAAGCAGAAAGUCAUUCAUGAGAUUCUGCAAAGGGCGUUUAAAGACUUGGGAUACCUGUAAAGCAUGCCAUGGUAUUUUUCUAGGACUUAUGACGGCUUGCGGGCGAGAAAACAAUAGAAUGUUAGGCGAGGUCAAAAAGGCUGCAAGGGGAACUUUGGUGAUCACAAUUAUCAGCACCUUGGAACAAUUCAAGAAAUUAGUGCUACCACUUUCCAAGCAUUUGUUCAGUAAACGUAACAAUUCAUAAAAUUUGAAUUGCCUCGAGAUCAAGCUCUGGUUGAAGCAUGCUGGAC